GUCGUGGGUGGAGCGCUCGAGACAUGUCGGCGUUUCCUGUUCGGUUGGUGGGACUCCUUUUUGGAGACGUUUUGGCUCGAAGCCACAAUUGAUCAGAACGAAGACGCGUAUCGUGAGCCCCGUUCAUUGUCUGUGCGCUACUUUUCGAAUUUACUGUGCCUCAGGUUGGGUUCUGUACUGGCUGUCGCAACAACAAUUCUGGGGCGCCGCGCGCAUGGUUGACAUCGCUAUGAGCGACAAUUUUGGGCUCGAGAACGACAACGCGGACGGUGAUGAUGAUGAAGAAGAAGGCACCUUGCGCAAACUCGCUUACAUCCCUAACCUUGCGAAACCUUGCAAGGUGUGGUACAGGGGUCGUUACUUGACGGUGGAGAGAGAGUCACGUUGGAGUUGCCUGCGGCUCAGGAUAUUCUCGCGGGACCGUACAAUUCUCAAUAGCUUCAUGGAGGACACAAGGUCGUUGUACAAGGCCGCAGAAAAGAAGGGUGUCUCCAUAUAUGCAGCUGACACUGGCGGUUUCUGGACAUUUAUGACGGCACGCCCAAAACGGCCAUUGAACUCAAUCGUCAUGGACCCAGGCGUCAAAGAACGGCUGCUCAACGACGCACGCAACUUCCUCGCCUGCCGGAAGUGGUACUCUGACCGAGGCAUUCCGUACCGCCGGGGCUAUCUACUGCACGGUGCUCCCGGUUCCGGAAAGACCUCCAUAAUUCACAGCAUCGCUGGCGAGCUCGGCCUCGACGUUUACAUCGUAACGGUCAGCCGCGCAGGUAUGGACGACACCGCCCUAAACCAGCUCAUCUCGAACAUGCCUUCACGGUGCAUCGCGCUUAUGGAAGAUGUCGAUGCUGCUUUCACUCGGGGCGUCACCCGUGAUUUUUCGUCUGCGAGCGGACCGGUGUCAGCGAGCGGCAAGAAACCCGACGAGGAGGGUGAUGAACUCAAGCCGAAUGAGGAGGCCGCGUCGCGAGUCACUCUCAGCGGGCUGCUCAAUGCCCUCGACGGGAUCGGCGCGCAGGAAGGCCGGAUCCUGUUUGCGACGACGAACAAGUACAAUGCGCUCGAUCCGGCGCUGUGCCGCCCCGGAAGGAUGGACCUCCACAUUGAGUUCCACCUCGCCAGCCGGUACCAGGCGGAGAACCUCUACAAGUCGUUCUUCACGGAGGUCGAGUUGCAGGAGGGAAUCUCCGACUCGGACAGCGCCGCCUCGGAGAAGGCCUCUGACCUUCCCGUCCUCGUACCCCCGUCUCCUCCCGCUACGCCGCCCCCCGCGUCUUCGGACCUCCUGCCGACGCCUACGGCAGAUGUGGGCCAUAUGAACACCUCAGAUGUCUUCUCCACUCCGGUCUGCCUCCCGAAGACGCAAGCGUGCGAGCUGGCCAGGCGCUUCGCGGACGCCAUUCCCGAACGAGAAUUCUCGAUGGCCAGUCUACAGGGGUACCUGAUGUUGUACAAGAGCGAUCCACCCGCUGCUGUUACCGAUGCGCCUGCUUGGGUGCGCGAGGAGAUGGCUCGAGGAGCGACACGGGGAAUUCAUGGACCAGAAGCACCGCUUCCAUCGACGGUGGCGUGACUGGGCCGAUCAUGAACCUCGUCGAUGCAGCUCCCGACGUUUCGAAGGGGCAUCUGGCCUCGAGCGCGUAGCAAGCACCGUUGCGGGAUGUGAUGCCUGAACGCUUGGCUUGUCAUGCGUCAUGAGACGAAGUGUGAAGCCUCGGGCUCAAUGUCCUCAUCGUCGGAAACAAUCACAGGAGAGGACGGAUCGCAGUCACCAACAACACCCCGGGACUGCAUGCCGCGCACCGUCCUCACGCUUCCACUGUAACUCGAGAAUCACAGUAGUUAUAUACCUCACUGUAUGAGUGACUUUUAAUGUCCGUACGACUUACCUUUACCAUGGUACUACGUAUACCGUAAUGAAAUUCAGUGAUAGUGCCGAUUCUUUGUGACCAAGUGCAACUUCAUUUAGCAAGUCGAUGUGGCGUAGCAGUUGCGUAGAAGCGCCGUGGGCCACGAAUCCCGACUCGGAGACCGGGAAACCGGUGUAUACG